CGCUGCAAUGUGGCUGUCUCUGCAGUGAAAGUGCUGGCUGGCAGAUUCUCCUUGUGUGAACCCUGACUCUGCGCAGUGAGAGUCUGCUUCCGUCCUGUCCCACACUGACUCAGCUGUGAAGCCAGUCGCCCGGCCACAGGAGCAGCAUUUUCUACAUGAGAGCAUCCAUAGCUGCCUUUUUUGGGACUCCAGCCUCCAGAUUUGACUCCACACAUCUGGAGAGCAGAGCUGGCCUGAAGGAUAGUCCAGUGUCAAAGUGAGCCGGGGGCUGGAUCCUGCAACACCAUCUUUCUCGGACUAAGCUAGCUACCAUGGAUGUCCGGUGGAUGGGGGUUGAACCCUCCAAGCUGGGCUCUCCAUAUGCAGCCUUCACUUUGCUGCUGGGUGUUUGGUCCGCUCAGGGCCUGGAAAUGUCCGUGGGGAAAAUUCCCUUCUUGGAGGCAGUGAACGGCAGCACCGUCAUGUUGCCUUGCACGUACGCCAGCUGCAUUGGCAUCGAAAACCUCUACUUUAACUGGCAGUACAACGACAACGGCACGAUGCAAAAGGUGUGUGACGCCGUGAUACCGACAGAGGACGUGAUACCGACUGUGAAUAUAUUCAGAGAGAGAGUGGAGUUCAUAGGAAAGAACCACAAAAACAACAUCUCCAUCUUGCUGUGGAACAUCACCUUCGAGGACGGAGGCCUGUACACGUGUUUUGGCCGUAAUCCAAAAGAGAAGAACAAGAACCACAGCGCGGUCUUCCACCUCAUUGUGGUGGACGAGUUGAGGGUGGUGGACAACACGCUCACCAUCCUCAUAGCCUCGGCUGUAGGUGGGGUCAUCGGGUUCCUGAUGGCCUUCAUGCUAAUCAAGAACUUCACUCUCUUUGUUCUGGCCAAACUCGAGGAGAAAAAUAAAGAGUGCCUUGUGUCUUCGUCAGGGAUCGACAACACUGAGAACGGCCUCUCCAGAUCCAAAGCUGAUUCCAAGCCAACUCCAAAAAAGAAAUGAGGCAGGGAAUGUGCGACUAAAGGAGAUUUAGGUCGUGUUUGCAGACGUUUAUAAAUGCGAAUGUGUUGACCGGUCAUUAUGCCUAAUUUAAUACCUCUGGGUAUGAGGUUUGAAUGGGGAAAAUAGACAUUUGCACACAACGAUGCCAAAUGUGCUCUAAGUGGAAACUGUGCAAAUGAUAUACAACUUAGGAUUGUGCAAAUCUUGAAUGCAUACAUACUUAUUCAAAAUGUCUACAUCAUUUGUACACCGUUAUCUUGUGCUCGGCUUAAGUUAAUUGUGGCUUGAGUGGUAGUUAGGUUUACCUACUAUACAAAGCCAACUAAACAUGGCAGCAAGUUAUUCUAAUAUGUACCCUUUCCUUCAGAUAUAGUGGUUCAUGGAGAAAGAGUACAAUCCAAUGAAACAGAUCUAUUUCAUGACAAAACGUAUGACUUUAAAUAAGACAGGCACAGGUGUAUUAAGCCCCUUCACACUGAAUUAAGACCACUCUAAGGUCUUCGUAAUCUCCAACUUUUGGGAAUGUUAGUGGAUCGUGACAAACUUGGAAAAACUCAUUUCAGUGUGAAGGCGGUCAUGAGCUACUGGAUUCUUACUACUUGUUUCCCCAGCUCUUUUAAAAUGACACGUACAAUAUCUCCUCACAAUUUGCUGAAAUUCCCGGCAAAUAUUAGAGGUUUCUGCUCCACCGCCAUCAGUUCCAGCCUUGCUGUAGAGGAGGAAACACCGUCAGUAUUUUUCAUCAGUUUAGCAGCAUUUUUUUUUUUACUGAUCACUGUAAACCGCCAAGCACCGCAUCCUUUGCAUCCUGCGUUUGGUACGGUGCUCUGUUCCCAUAGCUUGGGGCGGACAGAAGUAAUUAUGGACACAAUCUAACAUCUGAGGUUUUCACUCAUCAUCGCUAUUAACUUUGUGAGUCCUGCUACAGAUAUAUGUCAUAAACCAGGUUCUCACCAGCUCAAACUUUUUCCUCCUUACUCCUCCUGGUCCUCUCUGUCUGUUUGCUAUCUCCCUCCUCCUAUUAAAUAUGAUGCCAGGACUUCUCCUUGACAGCUAGGGAACCACAUUUUGUGGUCAAACCGCAGCUGGAAAUACUUGCAACUUCCCUCAGUUUCUUUUUCACCCGUGUUACUCCCCUGCUGAGAGACCUAUUUAACACAGAACCCAGGACAUCCCAGCUUCUAAAUGCAAGAAAGCUGAUCCUGAUACUGCAUUUAUCGGCGUGGAUUUUGUGGACCGUGUGUUGCAGCUGCUUGCUAAGAUACUCUUUUUAAGCAAUAGCAGCAGCGGGGCAUGAGUUCAGUUGCGCCACACAGAGCCCAACAACAAAUCACACGGAGAAAUGCCACCCGGGUGCGGAUGUAAUGAGGUUUUAAGCUUAGAUUCAGGGAAACAGAGCUGUCCUGCUAUAGGUUUUCUGAUGACCAGUCCACGUAAGGAUCAGCUACCCGGCUGAGCAUAGGACUAAGAUUUGUUAGCAAACUCCAACACAUCAGAACCGCAGGCCUUUUAGCAUGCUCAAAUACAUAAUCUGGAACGCCAAAGACAGAGGACCCGGAAAUUCAGCCAAACGCAGGGAGCAUUUCAAAGGGUUUAAAACAAACUCGCUGGUGGGAAACAGGAAACUGAUCGGAGCACUCUC